UCAUCAAUGGGGGGUGGAUUGUGGUAUGUGUCGGGACGUUUUACAUCUUUUUUGGUUAGUUCAAGGCUCUGAGAUUCAGAUGCACACUAUUUGGCUCCGACUGUGAUAUUGAUAUUUUACCACGCACUGCCGCAGGUCCCAUUGAGCCCAAGGCUGAAGUUGGUCCCUACAUACAAAACCGGGCCCCUGUAUGAAAGAUCCCUAUUUUCUGUCCCAAACUUCUGGAAACUGAGACAAAAAUGGAGAACGAGACAUCAGGAUUGAGUAAAGGCCUCCUUGUGAACUGCAGCAUGUCUGGACGAUACAACUUUAUCUUCAAAUUGAUCCCUGUGGUCUAUGGGUGCAACUUCAUCAUUGGGAUCAUUGGGAACAGUAUGGUGGUGGCUGUCAUCUACCGCUACAUGAAGCUAAAGACAGUAGCUAACGUGUUUGUGCUCAACCUUGCUAUAUCGGAUCUAACCUUCCUUAUCACUCUGCCAAUGUGGGCCACCUUCACGGCCAAAGGAUACCACUGGCCCUUCGGCACCUUCUUGUGCAAAGCUAGCGCAGGUCUGGUCAUCUUCAACCUCUACACUAGCAUCUUCUUCCUUACUGCUCUUAGCAUCGACCGAUAUCUCGCUAUCGUACACCCGGUGCGUUCUAGACAUCGACGCACCCUCUUCUACGCCAACCUCACCUGCGUGGUAAUAUGGGUGUUUGCUUUACUUCUCAGCAUGCCCACAGCGCUAAGCAGGGAUGUGUAUGACACGGGGAACUCCAUGUUGUGCGGGGUGUUGCACUGCAGCGAAAGAAUCCACUUGCUUGUUACCCUUAGCGUGCUAAAGAGCAUUCUAGGGUUCUUUGUGCCUUUUCUCAUCAUCAUCACAUGCUAUUGCCUUAUCGGUCGGGCCCUGAUGGAUUCUAGGGGUAUGCUGAGGAAGAGCGUUCGCUCAAGGGAAGACGAGACGUUACGCAUGCUAGCUGCCGCCGUGCUAGCGUUCUUUGUUUGCUGGGCUCCUCAUCAAGCUUUCCACUUCAUGGAGCUGCUUGCCAUGCUUGGUGUGGUGGAAAACUGCCAAACACUGGAUAUUCUUGACACCGCUAUGCCCUUCACCAUCUGCAUUUCGUACUUUAACAGUUGUGUCAACCCCAUUCUCUACAGCUUUGUUGGAAAGAACUUCCGCAAGAAGCUACUGAAGCUGCUGGGCUGUGGCUCGGGUCCAGCUAGCGGUCCCCUUAGAAUUAAUUCAAAGAUGAAUCUACAUUCCAACUGCACCUCUGGACUGCUCAAACCAGCAAGCUCCAAGAAGAAUACAACAUUUACUGUAGAGACUUAAUCAGUGCGAAGCUGAAUCCCGUAAGGAUGAUGUGUUUUAGUAACCAUUCCUAAGAGUCCAGUGUGUGAAAUUUAGCAGCAUCUCGUGGUGAGGUUAUGAAUCGUAACCAACGGCUCAGUCCACAGCUCACCCCUCCCUUUCAAAACACUACGGUGGCUGACAUAGGACAAAGAUGUCAUCACAUUUUCGCUUCUUUGCUGAAGGAGAUAACAUAGAAACACGUUCUGUAGAGCAGUUUGUCCGUUUGGGCCUGCUGUAGAAACAGCAUGGUGGAUUCCAUGUAUGGUGACUCGCGGUGUAUUUAGAUAGAAAUAGCUCAUUCAAAGGUCAUGAAAACGUUUAUACACAUCUGAAGACAUAGUUAUGUUUAUCGUAUUGCAUUUCUGGAACGUCUAGCUUUGACCAGCCUAAGAGUGAUGGUUUGACGUUGGUCUAGCUGGUGCACAUGUGCCAGUUGCUUAAAGAACUCAAACCUGGUCUUUUAAACCGCGCCAGUUUGUAUUAUGCAAUUAUGCAAAUGAAUGAGAGCCUUCAGCUGUCUGUAAAAGGAAACCAGAUGGAUUAUUAUUCAGGUAGCAACUGUAUAUGUUCAUCUAAUUUAUUAACAACAAUAUUCGCUUCUAAUUCUAUUCGUAUUCUAUCAUAACAGUAGUUGACCUGUAUGAGAAAACUGACCAUGUGAGGGGACAGUUUGCACUGACACUUGUUAUAGCUUGCUUAUGGACAUGCUGAGAAUGCAAAGCUUAAUCUGACAUAUUAUUUGGAAGAUGAUGCACAAAAUCAAUAAAAUAUGCUUCCAUAAACGUGUGUAGACUAUGUAGACCGUUUGUUCAGAGUGGGUUUUACAUACACUUCUGAAUAAGUGAUCUGUGAAUGUGAGCAUGCAAUAUCCACAGUUUGAUUUUUUUGAAAACAGUGCCUUUUUCGUUGAACCAAAAAAAUACAAUUUUGCUGAAAACAAACAACUUGGAGGUGGUGAAACCAUCUGUAGCGUUAGCUUAGGAGGACACUGGCAACACCAAGGUCAUAGGUUUGAUUUCCAGUCUAUGAACAUACAGAUACUGAUAACAUGCAUUUCAACGUAUGCCAGGUACAUGAACGUAAUCGUAACAGCUGUUGGUGUCUACAGAUAGUUAGUCAUGAGUGUGUCAGUGAUAAACUGUCACAAUCUUUUAUACACAUAUGUGCAUUAUAUUUGCAUUCCUUUUACAAAAAGAUUUUUUGCAGUUAGGACCUUCUUUAACUCAACAUUCCAUAUAUACUCUAUCUAUAUUUUUUUGGUUUCGUUUGAGAUUUCCUUGCUCUUUGUUGUUUACUAAACCCCACUGUAUAUGUAUAUUUUAAUUCUGUAUUGUUGUUGAACAACCAUAUAGAUUUUAAAUACAGUGUAAUAUUUGUUUGAAUUACUGUAACAAUGACAUCACUCUUAGUUAUAUUGCCUAUUUAGUGAAGUUAUAUCAGUAUUUUCAGACUUUAUCUAGUAUAAGGAAAAUAGUAAAUUGAUUGCUGUCGUCUAAGAUAUAAUUGGAAUAUGUCUGUUUAACAGGAAAAUAAA